AGAAAUAAUUAAGCCAAAACAUCUACAUCUUUUUUGUAGAUUUAAAAGAUGUUUAAGCUUCAAUGGCCUCUACUUCUAUUUCUUGCAACUUCAGCUUCCUUAUCACUUUGUAUGGGAGCAAAUGUCUCCUACGAUUCCAAUGCCAUAAUUAUCAAUGGUGAACGACGCAUUAUCUUCUCAGGUUCGAUUCAUUAUCCACGAAGCACGGCAGAGAUGUGGCCUGAUCUUAUUCAAAAAGCUAAGGAUGGUGGGCUUGACGCAAUCGAGACAUAUAUAUUUUGGGAUCGUCAUGAACCUCAAAGACGAACGUAUGAUUUCUCUGGAAAUCUAGAUUUCGUCAAAUUCUUCAAGCUUGUCCAAGAUGCCGGACUUUACGUUGUCAUGAGGAUUGGUCCCUACGUGUGUGCCGAGUGGAACUAUGGAGGCUUUCCGGUGUGGUUGCACAAUCUGCCGGGAAUCCAACUACGAACUGACAAUCAAGUCUACAAGAAUGAAAUGCAAACUUUCACUACAAAGAUAGUGAAUAUGUGUCAACAAGCCAACCUCUUUGCAUCACAAGGAGGGCCAAUAAUCUUAGCUCAAAUCGAGAAUGAGUAUGGAAACGUGAUGACACCUUAUGGAAAUGCGGGAAAAACAUACAUCAAUUGGUGUGCUCAAAUGGCCGAAUCUCUUAAUAUUGGUGUUCCAUGGAUCAUGUGCCAACAGAGUGAUGCCCCCAAACCCAUGAUUAAUACAUGCAACGGAUGGUAUUGCGACAACUUUACUCCCAACAAUCCUAAAAGCCCAAAAAUGUUUACUGAGAAUUGGGUGGGAUGGUUCAAGAAAUGGGGCGAUAAAGACCCUCACAGAACUGCAGAAGACGUAGCAUUUUCCGUGGCAAAAUUUUUUCAAUUUGGUGGCGUAUUUAACAACUAUUACAUGUAUCAUGGAGGCACCAACUUUGGGAGAACAUCUGGAGGUCCAUUCAUCACAACCUCUUAUGAUUACGAUGCACCACUUGACGAAUAUGGGAACUUGAAUCAACCGAAAUGGGGGCAUCUCAAACAACUCCAUGCUUCAAUCAAAUUAAGAGAGAAGCUUCUCACCAAUGGCACCCGCUCGAACGAAAACUUUAGUGGCUUUGUUACUUUGACCAAAUUCUCUAACCAAGCAACGGGGGAGAGGUUCUGCUUCUUGAGCAACACAGAUAAGAGCAACGAUGCCACCAUAGAUUUGAAAGCAGAUGGAAAAUACGUUGUGCCAGCUUGGUCUGUGAGCAUUCUUGAUGGUUGCAACAAGGAGGUUUAUAACACUGCAAAGGUUAAUUCUCAAACAUCUAUAUUUGUGAAGGAGCAAAAUGCGCAUGAAAAUGCACAACUCUCGUGGUCUUGGGCUCCAGAACCCAUGAGGGACACCCUACAAGGAAAGGGCAGAUUUCAAGCGAACCUUCUAUUAGAACAAAAAGGAACUACCGUUGAUUUCAGCGACUACUUAUGGUACAUGACGAAUGUUGAUACCAAUGCAAUAUCUUCUCUUCACAACGUGACUCUCCAAGUGAGUACAAAAGGUCAUGUGCUCCAUGCUUUUGUAAAUAAAAGGUACAUUGGGUCACAAUGGAAAACCAACGGACAAAAUUUUACGUUGGAGAAACCUAUUCUACUAAAAUCAGGAACCAACACCAUAACCCUUUUGAGUGCCACAGUUGGACUCAAGAAUUACGAUGCAUUCUAUGACACGGUGCCGACGGGAAUUGAUGGAGGUCCUAUAUAUCUAAUUGGAGAUGGAAAUGUCACAGUUGACUUGUCAUCAAAUUUGUGGUCUUAUAAAGUUGGAUUAAAUGGAGAAAUGAAGAAAUUUUAUGAUCCGACGAUCACUCAAAGAGCAAAGUGGAGCGAAUUAAAUCAAAAAUCGAUUGGAAGGCGAAUGACAUGGUUCAAAACUAACUUUAAGACCCCUCCAGGAACUGACCCAGUAGCCUUGGACAUGCAAGGUAUGGGAAAAGGCCAAGCUUGGGUAAAUGGGCGAAGCAUAGGUCGAUUUUGGCCUUCUUUCAUGGCUGGCAACGAUAGUUGCAGUGAUACGUGUGACUACAGAGGUCCAUAUGAUCCUAAAAAAUGUGUUAGUAAUUGCGGGAAUCCUUCUCAAAGAUGGUAUCACGUCCCAAGAUCAUUUCUUUCCGGUGACACAAACACGUUGAUUUUAUUUGAAGAGAUUGGUGGGAAUCCCCAGCAAGUGUCAGUUCAAACCAUCACUAUAGGUACUGUUUGUGGAAAUGCUAAUGAAGGAAGCACCUUAGAGUUGUCGUGUCAAGGAGGGCGUAUCAUCUCGGAUGUCCAAUUUGCUAGCUAUGGAAAUCCAACGGGAAAAUGUGGUUCGUUUAAGAAAGGUUCAUGGGAUGUGACAAACAGCGAUAUUUUGGUUGAAAAGGCUUGCAUUGGCAGGGAGAAUUGUUCAAUUGAUGUAUCUGCAAGGUCAUUUGGAUUAGGCGAUGCUACCAAUUUAUCUGCAUCACUAGCAGUUCAAGCUAUUUGCUCACAGAAUAAUUGAGUGAUGUAAUUUAUGUAUAUAAAUAUAAAUAUUACUAAUUGUGAUCUAAUCCAAUUAUUUAUAUUUCCUUUUU